GAAAACACAGAGCACCGAAAUACACACAGAAGGAGAGAGAUAAAGCAUGUCGUCACCGGCGAACGAUCCAAGGCAACCGUCAACGGCAAAGCCGUACAAGCCGACAGCGGUAGCUCCACAAGAUCUUCCUAUAGAUUACUCCGGUUUUAUAGCCGUGGUGUUUGGCGUUUUUGGUGCCAUGUUCAGAUAUAAGAUUUGCUCGUGGCUUGCGAUAAUAUUCAGCGCUCAGUCACUUGCUAACAUGAGGAACUUUGAGACUGAUCUUAAGCAGAUCUCCAUGGCAAUGAUGUAAGUACUUAUAGUUUUUUCAUGAGGA